UCUCUCAUCUAGUCAUCUAUAUAACCCACCACCUGAGUCGCUAGAUCCUCACCCAUUCCCUCUCUCUCUCUCUCUCUCCAGCAAAUCAGCAUCGAAGCUCAGAACAAUCUCCAGAGAGCUGAUCUACUUCUCAUCAGUCCUUUGCCCUUUUCUCGUUUUCAAGUACCAGCUACCACUAAUUGCAAGACUAAGAACCAUGGCCUUGGAGCAAUGCUUUGCCCAUGACUGGAAAUCCAUCUCCGCUACAGCAGCAGCAGCAGGGCCGGAAACUGAAAACAUUUCAGGCGGCUUCGACUGCAACAUCUGCUUGGAGUUUGCAUCUGACCCGGUCGUAACCCUCUGCGGCCACCUCUACUGCUGGCCCUGCAUCUACAAGUGGGUCAACUACCAGAGCUCCCCUUUCCCUUCCAACGACCACCCAAAAUGCCCCGUUUGCAAAUCCGAAAUCUCCCACGAAACAGUGGUCCCCCUCUAUGGCCACGGUCAUACCCACAAAGAACCCCAACUCGAAGCCAAAUCUCCAUCUCCCGAUGUAACCAUACCGCCACGACCUCCGGCUUGUGGGGCCAAAGCGCUGGCAAUUACAUCUCCACGACAUCUGCAGCUUCCGUAUCAACAUUACGAAGAAGAUAUUUCACCGCCAUCACCAUAUAGUCCUAGCAACAGCACCGAAAUGGGGAGUUUUAAUCCGGGUGUGGGGAUGUUUGGGGAGAUGGUUUAUUCUAGGGUGUUUGGGAACUCGGAAAGUUUGUACGUGUAUCCGAACUCGUACCACAUAUCAGGGAGCAGCAAUCCCAGGUUGAGGAGGCAGGAGAUGCAGGCUGAUAAGUCUCUGAACAGAGUUAUAAUUUUCCUGUUCUUGUGCUUUUUUCUGUGUCUCCUCCUUUUUUAGAUCCCAGUUUAGGCAUUUCUCUGCCCCUCUGCUGUACAGUCCAACUUAUGUAACAUUACAUAUAUGAGAUACCCAAGUAGUAUUUGCCUAGUCUCGAACAAGGCAUAUACAACUUCCAUGUCGUUCGACACUUUUGCAAGAUAAAUGCAUUUGUAGCAUUUUGUUUGUGGAA